UCCUUUGGGCUGCCAAGUCGCGUUUUCAGUCGCUCGCUGGUCGCUUCAAAAACGGUGACAAAACGCGGUUGCCGAGUGAAGAACUGCCAGGCAGAUAAACAAAAAAAAAAACCAGAAAACAAACUAAUUAAAUCAUUAAAAAAUAAUAAAUACAAGCUAUUAAAGUUCAAAGUUCAAUCUAGAUGUUCAUGGUCAACUGUUGCAGCAGCUAGCUGGUGGGAAAGUGGAGGAAAUCCAGUGCACAUGCUGCACCUGACCGGAGACAAGUCCUGGCAUUCCGUGGAGGCAAUGUAAGCAUUCCGGGACAACCGUCGACGACAGCACAUUAAGGAGGAACAACUUGAAAUUACCAUAAAGACCGCAGAGGUCGGGGAGACCAGGGAGCGGGGAGGAACGGGGAGCGGGACGAGCGGGCAGAGGGCGGAGCGGUAGAGAUGCGGUCGCUUAACAAGUCCGCGGGCGGAGGCGAGGAGGAGCUGUCUGGCCUCAAUGGCAACUCCAGCGACUCCAUCUAUACCAUCAAGAACAAGUGGAUCACCGACUGGAGCCUCAGAAAGGAGCGCGAUAAGCUGUGCAGCGUCAUCUUUAAACGAGCCCUGACCCACACAGAGUGCAAGCGUCUGUUGGAGGCGGCGAAGAUCUAUGGCGAGAGUAGUGACUUCAGUUCCUGGUCGGUAAAUGAUCAGCUGCAAUGGUACCGGAACUUCGAUGUCAACAAUACCAACCUUUUGCUGGGCCUGAGAAAUCAGUCCUUGGAUGGCGGUUCCACCAUGUCGGGAUCCAAUUCCGACUCGGAGAUCCUGGGACCCGUUCUACCACCAUUUGCCCUGUGGCAGACGAUACUGAUUGCCAUUUGCCUGGCCAUCUGCAUCAUUCUGACGGUGGGCGGUAAUAUCCUGGUGCUUUUAGCCUUUAUCGUGGACAGGAAUAUCCGGCAGCCGAGCAACUACUUCAUUGCCUCGCUGGCAGCCACGGAUAUGCUGAUAGGAACUGUUUCGAUGCCCUUCUAUACGAUAUAUGUCCUAAAGGGCUACUGGGACCUGGGUCCGAUGCUUUGCGAUCUGUGGCUCUCCGUGGACUACACGGUCUGUCUGGUGUCCCAGUACACGGUGCUAUUGAUCACCAUAGAUCGCUACUGUUCGGUGAAGAUCGCCGCCAAGUACCGGAGUUGGAGAACGCGAACGCGGGUGAUCUACAUGGUGACGAUCACUUGGAUCAUACCCGCCCUGCUCUUCUUCAUCUCGAUCUUUGGUUGGGAGCACUUCACCGGCAAGCGGGACCUGCUUCCCGGUCAGUGUGCCGUUCAGUUCCUCAAGGAUCCCAUCUUCAAUACAGCCCUGAUCAUUGGUUACUACUGGACCACGCUGAUCGUGCUCUUCGUUUUAUAUGCUGGAAUCUACAAGACAGCCUAUGAUAUGCAAAAACGCAGUGAGGCCAAGCAGCGGAAAAUGCAAUCCAUGGUGGCCCUGAGUGCAGGGGCCAUGUCCGGGAUGGCAGGUCAUGCAGCUGGCAUUGGGGUCAUUGAAGAGAAAAUCCUAAAGACGAAGGUGGAGCUGGGAGGGGAUCAGACCGAUUUGGAUAGUGCCUGCACCACUGUGAUCAAGCGGUUGAGUGGAUCGGGCCAGGCGAAUCCCCUGGCCGCAGCCGCCGAGGAGGUGGAGAAGAUGACGCCGGAGCAGAGGAGGGCUUCGGCAGCAAAAAUCCAAGAGGAGACCAAGAAACGAGAGGCGGCGGUGGAAGCGGAGAAAAGCGAACGAUCCAGCAGUCCGGCCUUCGAUUCCGAUGAGGAAUCCUCCGUCAACCAGGCCCAACAGCUGAUCACCCAGCAGAAGCUGAACAACAUGAGGAAACGUUCCUCCAUUGGCCUGGUCUUUGGGGCACAGGCCGCCCUGCUGGCCACGCGGGGCAAAGGUAACUUGCAGAAGAGCACCACCAACUCCAAGUCCAUCGAGGCCAUGCACCAGUACCACCACCACCACCAACAGCACCACCAUAACCAGAGUCCGUUGCAGCGGGCGCAGAGCAAGGAAGAGGUGCGCUCCCUGCACCACCAGAACCAGCAGAAUCCACACCACCAAUACCAGAGCCACCAGUCGAACCCACCGCUGGACAGGCCCAAACGCACCUCCUGCUCCACCCUGUCCCAGAUAGCCGAGCAUGAUCGUUUGGUCGACCUGUCCGCUCCCCCUUCAUUGCUCAACGCCAGCGGUGAUCCCCUGUCCCCCGUGGAUCUGGCCCCCAUCGAGGUGCCCAGUGAUGAAGUGCAUCAGGGUCUGGUGCAGACCAUAUUGCCGCCCCCCGACGCCUUUCAGUGCCCCACCCCGCUGUCCGAGGACUAUUCGGAUCGUCCCUUUGGCAAUAGUUCGGGUAAUAGCGAUCUUGCUUUGACCUAUGACCUGAUGACCAACUCGGAGCUGCGGUACAUGGACGAGAGCUCCGCCAUGCUGGCCACGACGACCUCCCUCAAUGACAGUGUCCAGGGAAAGCCACCUCUACCAGUCCUGCCUCCACCACCGCCCGCACGCCGAAAUCCACCAAAACCGAACCGAAGUCAGUCCCCCAGCCAAAACCAGAGUCCCAAAAGCCAAAGCCAAAGCCUGAGCCUGAGCCUCAACCUGAAUCCGAAUCACAACCAGAAUCAGAACCAGAAUAAGAGUCAAAGUCAGAGUUCCGAGGAGGCGGUGGCCAUUGAAAAACGUCUUCUCGUCUCGUACACAGGCAUCGAGGACUUUGCCAAGGUCCGGCGGGAGAGCUGCAUCGAGGCCAUCUGCCUGCUGGAUGUCCCCGGGAAGCUGACGGCCGACUGUCCCCAUCGGCGGGCCUCCAGUCCCAUGGAGACGAGCAGCAAGGAUGCCAUACUCUACUCCCCAAUGCCACCGAUACCGAUGCCACUCUCCCCCAAGGUCAAGACUUCAACGCCCCAGUCGGCGGCAGCUACUCCACCACCACCGCCACCACAGAUCCUGGAGCGGAUCGAGGAGCGGGAAAUCUCGGAUUGUAAUACUAACAAGAUGGCCUCCACCUCGGGCACCACCAGCAGUACAGGUGGUGGCGGAGGAGGAGGAGGAUGUGGAGCCACCAAAGUGGAGCCGCAGGAGGAGGAUGCUGCCAGGGAGGAGAAGGGUUUGGCCGCCAGUCGAAACUCCAGCAAGAGGGCCUUCAUCCACUCGAUAGGCAAGCACUUCAAGAGCAAGAAGGCCCUACCGCUGAUCCUUGGAGUGGGUGGUCGCCAGAAGUCCAAGUCGGAGAAUCGUGCCCGCAAAGCGUUCCGCACGAUCUCAUUCAUUUUGGGCUGCUUCGUCGCCUGCUGGACACCCUACCAUGUGCUGGCCCUGGUCGAGGGAUUCUGCCGGCAUCCGCCCUGCAUCAAUGAGCACCUCUACAUGUUCUCAUACUUCCUCUGCUACGCCAACAGCCCCAUGAAUCCCUUUUGCUACGCCCUGGCCAACCAGCAGUUCAAGAAGACCUUCACGCGCAUCCUCAAGGGGGAUCUGCACAUGACCUAAGAUGGUUUGGGAUCUAGGAUUGUUUUAGUUGUUUAGUUGGUGACGGAGCUAAAUCCCUCGUGGAUUUCCAUUUGGCAUUGCACUUGCGCAAAGGACCAGGCACUUGUGAGCCCCGAGAGCCUGGCCCCUCCCCCAAUACCCAAAUACCCGAAACCUUUUUAGGCCCAUAAGUUUUCUAUACUAUAUCAUCCAUCGAAGUGCUCCGCUAAAUGGAAUAUCCCUGGGAUCUCGGCCACCAACAAAAUAUUAGAACCGAACACUUAUUGAAUUCAAAAUUUAAUCGGUGGUUGAGGAAGAGUUAUCUGUAAGUAGCCAAAGGUGUGUGCAGUAGUUAGAAUCGCUUGGGGGGGAAAAAACAUGCAGGUUUGGGAUACAUCUAGGUCUAGGGAGUGGCACUAAGUGGGGAGAAAUGUUUUAGACAAUAAAUAUUUUAAUGUUAAUAACCAAUCUAUGAUAACCAUGCAAAAUAUAUAAUAUGAUAGUUAAUAACAUACCAUAUAAAGUAAGCAUAAGAAUAUACAACACACUUACCGAGACUAGAAACCCCACACACCGAAACAUUCAAACAUAUCCCUAAAUAGAGAAGAGCGCAUUUUGUUGUUCCCCAGAAUAUAUCAAUCAAAAGCAUACAUAUGAAUGGGAUAGCCGAUAAGAAACCAAAGAAACACCCUUUGAGGGAGAUGGAACUUAAAACCCUUUGGACGGUGACAUUUCGUCGAACACUAUCAAAAAGUACCUAAUUUUGCUUUAGAACAUUUUUAGACUUUUUUACUUUGGCAGUUAUUUUGGUAGAUAAUAGAAAUUAGCGUAUUGCAAAAAUAUAAACUGUGUUCAACUGUUUCGACGAAUGGUUGCCGUCGUAGGGUUAAGCACUUCGAUUUAAAUCCUGCAGCAGAUAUACGAUUUUAAAAAUACAAAAACCCAACAAACAUACCCACAUAAUUGUCUAUGGAUAUAUGCCAGACAAGUUCAACAGUUUUGUGUGAAUAUUCAUGAGUGUAGAGCAUACAAAGAUACAUACAUAUAGCUACAUAGAUGUCAAUUUUUGCGCAAGCCAGCAACUAUACUUAUAACGGAUAUAUAGACGUCUCCUUAGCGCCUUUGCCAAGUUGCCUAACUGAGUUCACUCUCAUUCUGAUACUCUCUGUCCUCGGUUGAAGUACUUUGUUAUUUGUUAACCGUUUCGUUAACCGAUUCGAUUCGUUUUCCAGUUAAUAAUGUGCUAAACGAGUUUUUGCCUUUGUUGAACGUUUCCUUUUAGCACGUAAGUGAUAAGUGUAACAAUAACUAAAAUUA